ACCCCACCACAUCCGUGUUGGAUAUUUGUUUUGCUUGUGCUGGAUGUCAGGUUUGGUAGGAUUAAUUAACAAAUUUGCUGCUGUUUUUUUUCCGCGUUAUUUAAGCAGUUUCUUCAACGACGACGUCCCGUGUGACUAUAAUGUGUUACUACACUGCAGUAGAGUAAACGAGUAUUUUUAUCCAGCUUAUCCUAGACAGAAAGCUAAGGCUAGGCUAACAAAGCAGACAAAAUAUCGAUAGCCUGCAUGUCCACUGGUUUACCGUCUUUAGCUGUGGUGGACCGCAAUUGGUUUUUUUGGGGGGGGGGGGGUUGCAGCCAGUGCUGGAUAAGCAUAUUUGUGAGUAAAAUAAAUCUGCAGGAUGGGUUAACUUGGCUCUGAAUUCUGCACGGAAAGCUCCUGCUUGGUGUAAUUGUGACAUCUCUUAAUAAAGCUUAGUUAAAGUCAAACAUACGGUUUGCAUUGUAAUCUCCAAAACAAACAAAAAAAAUACACAAAUCAUUAGAUAUUUCCUGAAAUCGAUGUGCGUGGAGGUUUGAUGUGUUGGACCGUCGCUGUGAGCGGAGCCUCCCACAGAGAGUCAUGUUAUGAUGGUGCUGCGCAGGUUACUGAGGAAGCGCUGGGUGCUGGGAGUCGUCUUCGGACUGUCUCUCAUCUACUUCCUCACCAGCACACUCAAACAGGAGGAGCGGACCAUACGGGACCGCACACUCUUGGAGGCCAAAGAUUCAGACCACCGCAUCCCCUGGAAAGUCCGUUUUAACCUGGGCAACAGCAGCCGGCAGAUGACUCAGUGCAGAAACUCCAUUCAGGGCAAGACGCUGCUCACAGACGAACUGGGUUAUGUCUGUGACAGAAAAGACUUGCUGAUUAACGGCUGCUGUAACGUCAACGCUCCCAGCACCAGACAGUACAUCUGUAAGAGCUGCCUAGCCAACGGCUGCUGUAGCAUCUAUGAGUACUGCGUGUCUUGCUGCCUCCAGCCCGAUAAGCAACUUUUACUUGAGCGCUUCCUGAAUCGUGCAGCCGAAGGCUUCCAGAAUCUCUUCACUGCUGUGGAGGAUCAUUUUGAGCUGUGCCUGGCCAAAUGUAGGACAUCUUCACAAAGCGUUCAACACGAGAACACGUACAGAAAUCCUCAAGCAAAGUACUGCUACGGAGAGAGUCCUCCAGAGCUCCUUCCUGUGUGAGUGUCGGCCUUCAUUCUCUGAAUAAGGAAGAACAGGAACAACAGUGGGACAAUAAAGCAUCCCUCUUUGGACACAAAUGGUGCUUGGAGAAGAGAUUCUCAAAAAAAAACGGUUAUUUUGGACAUGUUUGCAUUAUAGUGGCAAAGAUAUUUAGAUAACCAGGAUCAAACUCAAACUGGACAAAUGCUGUACCUGAUUUGAUUAUUUUACACUUCAUAAGUGCAUUGACGCGUCAUACAUUCAUCCCUGAUGAUCAUCAGGUCUACAUAUCUGGCAGCUCAACCCCAAGAACUUACUUCAAACCAGUCCAAGUCAUGGCUUCAUCCACAGUAAAGGAAGGAAACAGCUAUUGUAUGUUUAAUGUGACAUUUUUAAAAGCCGCUAAGAAUGUGUCAUUACUUCUUUGUCUUAGUGCAUGUCUGUGAAACUAUUUAAUACAAAAUAAACGUGACUGUGAAAUGAUA